AAUAGGAACGAAGCAUCGUUCUUCCUGCUUCACGGAGCGGAUGUGAACUGCGGCUGCUGGUGCGGUCUCGUUAUCAUUCAUUUUCGCUGGUUGAUUGAACAGAAGCCACAGCCCUGUGCUGUUAGACGGCUAAUGAGAGGACGCCUGAGGUGCAGCCAUGCCCGUCUCCCUGCUGUGGGCGGUGGAUGUGUUUGGGCGGGUCUACAGCUUGUCCACAGCAGGCCAGCAGUGGGAGCACUGCAGAGAUACUCACAUCGAGUUCAAGCAAGUGACAGCGACUCUUCAAUGCUGCUGGGCCAUUGGCUGCGAUAACAACAUCUACCUGAACGUCCACGCUUCAGAUCUGCCCGUCCGCUACCAGGAGGAGACCUAUGAGAAUCAGCGGUGGAAUCCAAGGGAUGGCUUCUCGGAGCGUCUGUUGCCGAGUGAUCGGUGGCAGUGGAGUGACAUCACGGGUCUGCAGCACCAACCCUUUGACGGUUUCCAGCUCCCGUCUAGCAGCUGGGAUUGGGAGGGUGACUGGUAUGUGGAUGAAAACUUUGAGGGCGAGCCCACCGAGAAAGGGGGGUGGACUUACGCCCUUGAUUUCCCUUCUACCUACGCCAAAGACAAGAAGUGGAACUCCUGUGUCCGUCGCAGGCGAUGGCUUCGCUACAGGAGGUACAAAGCCAUGGAUACCUGGGCAAAGAUCCCAUCACAGCAGACGACUGUCCAAGAUCCCUUCAGUGACAUCAGCUGUGGAGGCUGGGAAAUCAAUGAGGAGCCAAGAGGACGACUCUCACUCUGGGCCGUCUCUCUGCAGGGCAAGGUAUGGUUUAGAGAGGGCAUCUGCCACUACAAUCCUGAAGGCUUGCUGUGGGAGGAGGUGUCUGUGCCCGGUGAAGUGGUUCAGAUCAGUUGUGGACCUGGGGAUCUAGUCUGGGCAGUGCUUUGGGAGGGGCAGUUUAUCGUCAGGGUGGGCAUCAGCCGAGACUGCCCCAAAGGUACAUCUUGGACGGUGGUGGACUCGCCCAGGUCUGAGGUGGGAGCCACACAUGUAGCAGUGGGUGUCAAUGUUGUCUGGGCUGUGACAAAGGACAACAGAGUGUGGUUUAGGCGUGGUGUGAACUCCCACAACCCCCAUGGCUCCGGCUGGAUCAGCAUGGUUGGGGAAAUGAUGAUGAUAAGCGUAGGACUCAACGACCAGGUGUGGGGUAUCGGCUAUGAGGACAGGGCAGUGUACUACAGACAGGGUGUGACCUCCAGUGAACUGAGUGGGAAAACCUGGAAAUCCAUUAGUGUUCCCAGAGAUGGAGAAAGAUCCCACUCCAGCACCAGUGCCAACAGCCUGCAGAGUGCUGGACGCUUCUUCUGUGGGGAGGUGUGUAACCACUUGGGACUGAGUGAUGUGGACUCUGAUGCAGAGAAGGGCUCUACAGACGGGGCCAGAUGCCUCCAUACUUCUAACUCCCCCGAGUCCUUAGCCAGUGCUCUCACAGAUCAGUUAUCUGAAGCUCCUAUUGAUGCCCCUAAACCCCACAUCCCCAAGGUUACCAGUGACAGUUUCAUCUCUGAACUUGUCUCUGACCGAGAACCGGCAAAAGCCAAAAGAGAGAACGAGUCUGCCAUUCCAGUUGUCCAAGAGGAGGUUGACCUCCCAGAUGGAGAGGUCAAGUUUCCCUGUUCUGGUGUUGUUCUUUCCUCCAGCCAGUCUGGAAUGCCUCCUGACCCCCACUGGAGUAAUGUGGACCUGGAAGAAGCUCAAAGUCAGCAGGUUCAGGAUGGAGCUGCGCUGGAUGCAGCUGAUACCUGCAGUUUGUCAUCAGUGGCUACAUACACCCUUGGCUUGGAGGACCCGUAUGGAGCAGACGAGCACCCGCUCUGGGCGUGGGUCAGCGGAGGAGGCUGCUCUGUGGACAGUCACUCGCACCUCAGCUGGUUCAGCUACUCUUUGACUGUUGCAACCGUGACCCAGUCAGUCCAGUCCAUGAGUCUGUCCAUCACUCCGGCACAGACCGCAGCCUGGCGGAGACAGAUUUUUGAACAACUCAAUGAGCGGACCAAGAGAGAGAUAGAAAACUUCAGACAUUAUGAGCAAGCUGUAGAACAGUCUGUGUGGGUGAAGAAGGGAACCAUGCAGUGGUGGAGAGACUGGAAGCCACACAAGUGGAUAGAUGUUCAGUUUGCUCUGGAGCAGUUCUCAGGCCCAAACGGAAACAAGGAUGGCAUCCUCUUCAUUUAUUACAACUACUAUGAAGAGAAAAAGUACCUGCAUGCUUUCAUCAACGAAGUGACCAUUCUGGUUCCUGUGCUGAAUGACUCCAAACACACUUUUGCUAUCUACACUCCAGAGAGAACUAAGCAGCGAUGCCCAAUCAGAUUGGCAGCAGCCACAGAGCUGGAGAUGCAUGACUGGCUGGCUUUGUUGAGCGUGUCAUGCUGUGACUCCAGGGGGGUCCACGGCCCUCCGUCCAAUCAGGCCAUAUGGUCCAUCACUUGUAAAGGCGACAUCUUUAUUAGUGAGCCCUCUCCUGACCUGGAGGCCGUGCCUUACCCAACACCCUGUGACCAGAUGUUCUGGCGACAGGUUGGAGGUCACCUGCGUGUGGUGGAGUGUAACAGCGCUGGCGUGGUGUGGGGGAUUAGCUACGACCAUACUGCCUGGGUUCACACAGGGGCUUAUGGAGGCGGCUUCUUCCAGGAACUGGCCAGCAGCACAGAUAAUAUUUACACACAGACAGACGUUAAGAGUGUGUACAUCUAUGAGAACCAGAGGUGGAACCCCGUCACUGGCUACACUAACAGAGGUCUGCCCACAGACCGUUACAUGUGGAGUGAUGCGUCAGGGUUACGUGAGUGCACCAAAGCGAAUACCAAACCGCCAUCUCCUCAUUGGACUUGGGUGUCUGACUGGAGCAUCGACUACGGCAUCUCAGGAGGGACAGACAGAGAAGGCUGGCAAUAUGCAGCUGAUUUUCCAGCGUCAUAUUAUGGUUAUAAAACAAUGAAGGACUUUGUGCGCCGUAGGAGAUGGGCCAGGAAGUGUAAGUUGACCACCACAGGACCCUGGCAGGAAGUCCCACCAAUCCCACUGAGUGAUGUCACCAUCGUGCCAUGUGCAGCACAGAGCAGCGUGGAUGUGAUUCCACUGUGGGCCAUCAGCAACAAGGGAGAUGUGCUUUGCAGACUGGGAGUCACCACGCUGACACCUGCUGGCUCCUCAUGGCUCCAUGUAGGAACAGACCAACCCUUCAAGUCUAUCUCCAUUGGCGGUGCAAGCCAGGUUUGGGCCAUCGCCAGGGAUGGUUCUGCAUUUUAUAGGGGUUCUGUGUCUCCUCAGGAUCCAUCAGGAGACUGCUGGUGUCACAUCCCAUCCCCAGCCAAGCAGAAGCUGAAGCAGGUGUCUGUUGGGAGGACGUCAGUGUGUACAGUUGAUGAAAAUGGUAACCUGUGGUACCGGCAGGGUGUGACCCCUGGCUACCCUCAGGGUUCCUCCUGGGAACACAUCUCCAAUAAUGUGCGCAAGGUCUCUGUAGGACCUCUGGACCAGGUUUGGAUCAUAGCGGAUAAGGUGCAGGGUAGCCACAGUCUGAGUUGUGGAACAGUCUGCCGCCGACUCGGGGUUCAGCCCAUGGAGCCCAAAGGACAGUCUUGGGACUACGGCAUUGGGGGUGGAUGGGACCACAUCACGGUGAGGGGGAACGCCACGGAGCCGCCCCGCGUCAAUCUUUCUUUACCAAGAGACACGCCCCUCGCUGCUCCUCAGAGUCCCCGUCCUGUCAGGAAUAUGGAGGUCAGCGGCAGCGCUGCGUGAUACCAAAUGUAAAUCCACGGUUGCAAGUCAAAACAUCCGUCCUGAGCUGUUUUAUUCCCGCUGUGAAUUUUCCCUUUGAAGUCAGUUUUAAUUUUAAUUCUGACAUAGCAUUAAUGAGUUCCCAUGAACUCAGUCUGAGUUUUUGUGUUUGAAUGAUAUUAGUUUAUGGUCUUAGCACAUUUUUGAAAUUUAUUGAUGAGGAUCUUUUUAAUGUGGUUCUUGUUCGAUUUUGUCAUGUGGUCACAGUCAUGGAAUUAGGUAUUUUGAAAAGCAUUAUCUUGUAUUUCAUUCUUCUUGACCACCAGAGAUGGCGCCGCCCAGAAGAAUUCAUAGGACCUUAGUGACGUUUAGAACUCUCCUUUUAGUGUCAGAUUGAAGUUGAUAGCAGUGUUUCCCAAUCUUGGUCCUCAAGACCUAAAAUGUGCAGUACUUUGGGUCCCAAGGACCCGGACUCGGGAAACACUGGUUUGGAGGAAAACCUAAACCUUGGCACCCUUGAGUGACACUGAUUUUUGAGAAUCAAUGACCAUGUAUGGUACAUUUUACCACACUUAUUAGUACAUAAAAAAUAUUUUCAUAUUAGGUGGAAAAUUAAUAAUUGAGGCUGCAGAUUUUAGCUAAAAAUGAAAUGAGACUUUCAAUUAAAGGGGUGAUAUUCUGCACCUUUCUCACCAAGCCAAAAUGAAAUAAAAUUUUAUGGGAAUUAGCAGAGUUCCAGAUGUAAAGCAUACUGCUACUUGUACUAUUUAUUUGUGUUGUUCCCUUGACAUGAUACGCUGGAUCUUUAAAAAAUAAAAAUGAACUGCAUACAGGUGAACCCCGUUAACUGGUGCAAGUUGGGGUCCACAAAAUCGAACCACAAGUUAUCUGAAACUGCGAGUUAUACGAGGUUGAUCAAAACAUACAGUAGUCUUUAUAAAGUAGUCAAAAUUUUUGAGGGUCCACAAAUCAACCAUGAGUAAAGCUGAAACGUACGACGGCGUUUUAAGGCCACAUUGAGAUGUGUGUGUGUGUGUGUGUUUUUAAGACUUUGAGAAUAAAGUCGCAACUUUCUGAGAAUAAAGUCGUAAUUUUACAAGAAUAGUGUCGUAAUUUUGCGAGAAUAAACUUGUAAUUUUAUGAGAAUAAAGAUGUAAUUUUGUGAGCGGAAAACUCAAAAUGAGAUCUGUGGAGUGCUUUAAGUUGUACUUCAGUAUAGGUAUUACACAAAGGAAAUACUUUGUCUCUUGGCCCACCUGCACCACAUUAUAAUUAGUAUCAGAAUUUUGAAAAGAAUACAGGAGAAGAUGUCUAUUCUGGAGGAGGAACCGCACGGACUUCACCUGUAGUUCUGGCGAUUAGUCGCUCCUGAAAUCGCCUCUUUCGUGGAGGAGGACAUGGCUGGAACUGGUGUCAUGGGGUUGUAUCCCCUGGUGCCAGGGGAUACACUUCCUGGCGGGGAUAAUGACUUUGGCACGACACUAGCAGUUCUCGCUUCUCGUAUAAAUACAACUUUAUUCUUGUAAUAUUAUGACUUUAUUCUUGUAAUAGUACAAGUUUUUCUCAUAAAAUUACAACUUUAUUCGCAUAAUAUUCCGAGUUUUUUCUCAGAAAAUUACAACUUUAUUCGCAUAAUAUUACAAGUUUUUUCUUAGGAAAAUUAUGACUUUAUUCUUGAAGUCUUAAAAAAACUCAAUAUGGCCCUAAAACACUGUCAUGCAAACGCGAGUUAUGCAUACGCAAGUUAACGAGGUUUGCCUGCAUUAGUUUUUGCAGUCCUGCAUAUGUGGUCAGAUUAACUAGCUAUUGCUAAUAGUGGCAGACAGUAAUCAGGGGCAACACAACCAUUACAAAGUGCUUAUUGCUAACUGUCUAACCAUUUAUAGUUAGCAUUAGCUGUGUUGUGUUAGACACCAUUGGCAUUAGGAUGUCUGGCGGUGACUUCUUUAAUAUAGUCAGGGGCCAUGUUAGCAUCAUGUCCGGGAUAAAUGCCAGUACAUUGGCGUCUUAACAACAAAUUCAUUCAUUCAUUAUUAAAAUUUUUAACCAUGAAUACUCCACAAACACUGAGAUGAUGCAUCCUUUUUAAAAAGUUGUUUUUUUUGUUUGUUUCAAAUAAUAAUACUGUACCUAUUUCUUUAAAUGGGGAGCUACUGCUGGCCACACCCACUACCCCUCACGACAGCUGGUGCAGUUUGUCUCCCACUGACGCGUGUUGGCUGGUUACCCACAGGUGGAUCAGGUGACUGAUUGUGCCUCACAGAGCCAGCAGGAGUGCAGAUAUGAACUUCUGUUACAUAUGUCACACAAGUGUAAAAUGAGCUGUUUCAGGCUGAAAUUGUGUAUAAAAGAGGAGAAUAUAUAGAUGCACAGUCUUAGAACUGUGGUACUUUUACAAUGAUAAACAUUUAAGCAGAAUGAUGUGUAUCUUUAAAAGUAGAUUAAAACACAUUUUACACAAUAUAACCAUGUAAAAAACCCUAUCUAAUAAAAAAAAAAAAGUUUUAACAUUUAGACAUGCUGGUUGUUGCUUGCCUCAUACAAACAGCUGACUGAUGUUUUACAAAAUAAUUCCAUUGUUAUCAUCUUUUAAAAUAUGCUGUUUAGGAUUUUGUGUAAUUUUUAGCUUUACCAUUGUUUGUAUGAAUGAGAUUUUUUUUUUUUUUUUUUAUAAAAAAAAUGCAUGAUGUCUGCAUCUUUACUACUGAUGGUUGCAGAAUGAUGAAAAUGUUUUGUUAUAAAUAUGAAUAUAUUAGUAUUGUCUGAAUAGUGACUAUUGGAACUGUAUUAAGAUGGAAUCUAGGUUUUGUGUUUAAUGGACAUAAAUGAUCUUCAACCAGUCCUUUGGCAUAAAAUAUUCGUAAAAUACACAAUGGUGAGUUUCCUCCCCAUCAUACAAUUGUUCAGAAUAAUUACUGCAUAAACGCAUGCAUUAAGAAAGUUGUGUUCCAGUCUGCUACAACCUUUUGUCAGCGUUGAAACUGCAGGUACGUGUGAUUAACAAUAAUGAAAUUGUGUUGCUGCAGCUUGCGUAAUAUCAGUGCUGCUGUCAUUGUGGGCUACGUUUCUCAAGAGUUGUGCACCGUCUCAGUACUUGUCAAUAAAUAAAACGUUUAUUGAUAAUAAUUCAUCACUCCUCAAUAACUUUUGUCCUUCCUCAAAACGCACAAAAGCAAAUAGUUCAAGCAUCAUCCGUUCCUUCCAGGUAUGGAUGCA